AUGUCUAUGAGAGCCUUAGAAGCGAGGACAUUCCUGCUUCGCUGCAGAAGAAGCUAUAGCACAUCCUCCCCUUUACUUCAAGAAUCACGACCAGCGACAGCUCCGAGACAAUAUCCUUCCAUCACCCAGAUCCGGGACAAUGUCGAGCUCUUCGAAAAGAAUACCCUGGUGCGAAAUUACCGCAACCAUACAGACAUCCCACGGCGAGUGGCUGAAAAUUCCCUGAAGAUUAGAGAGCUCGACCAGCGCAUGGGUGGGUCAAGACACACAUUGAAGGAGCUGCAGAAGCAGUUGAAUGCUUCCACAGGGGACAAGUCUGAGACUGUCGCGCAGAUGAAAGCAAUUCGGCCAGAAGUGGACAAAUUGCAAGCUGAAAAGGAUGCCUUGGAACUUGACUCCCAGACGAUGGCCCUGUCUUUGCCCAAUUUGACGUCCUCGGAGACGCCCACGAACAGCGAACCGAAACUGCGAUCCUACAUCAACUAUGACCCGCAGAAUCCUCCUCAGUACGGCCGUGCAGCCGACCAUUCAGUGAUUGGUGAAAAGCUGGGCCUGCUCGACUUCUCGUCCGCAGCGACGACCUCGGGAUGGGGGUUCUACUACCUCCUGAAUGAAGCUGCUCUGCUGGAACAAGCGUUGGUUCAGUACGCCAUGUCUGUCGCCAUGAGACGCGGCUGGUCGGUGGUGUCUCCGCCGUCGCUGGUCUAUUCUCACAUGGCCGCCGCAUGUGGCUUCCAACCUCGCGAUCAGCACGACGAACAUCAGAUCUGGCAGGUAGCCCACACUGAUAGAGACAAGGGAAAGCCGACCAGAAGUCUUGCUGCCACAGCCGAAAUCCCUCUUGCGGGCAUGCAUGCAAACAAAGCUAUCCCGGCAGAUCGACUACCCAUCAAGCUGGUGGGACCCAGUCGAUGUUAUCGCGCCGAGGCCGGUGCUCGGGGCGUCGACACGAAAGGCCUGUACCGCGUGCACGAGUUCACCAAGGUGGAAAUGUUUGCGUGGACCCACUCUGCGGCACCAAGCAAUGAAGGUCUCACAGACGAGGCAAGCUGGACCGAACAUGCGACGCAUCUUCUAGAUGAAAUGGUUGAUAUCCAGACCGAAAUCGUCUCAUCACUGGGCUUGCCAUGCCGAGUCCUCGAGAUGCCCUCUUCCGACCUCGGCGCCAGCGCUUAUCGCAAGAUUGACAUCGAAGCUAUGUUUCCAUCACGGAAGAAACGUGACGAAGGAUGGGGUGAAGUCACGUCUGCUUCUAUCUGCACGGAUUACCAGAGCCGCAGGCUUGACACGAGGGUGUUGGAGCCGGAUGGGUCCAGGAAGAAAUUCGCACACACUGUCAAUGGCACGGCGGUAGCGGUGCCCAGAGUCCUCGCUGCCAUCCUUGAGAAUGGCUGGCGGGAGGAUGAGGGAUGCGUGGUUAUUCCUGAAGUGCUUAGAGGGCAUAUGGGCGGUAUGGAUAAGAUCGGGCCUCGCUUAACCUGA